GGGAUUGCGGGAGCUAAACUUCUUUUUGUAAGACAGCGAUUCCAUUUUCCUCUGGUCUUAAGCAGCUCCAAUCCAUCUUACUGCAUUACAGAGCCUGCACUGAUUGUUCUGCUGUAGUGAGUAAUAACAACUUGUACUUUGCAGAUUACCCCAGGGAGCUCCCGGCUCCGCCGCGCCGCCGGCUCCAUGGGGCGGGCACACAACAGCCUGCAGCACCCCAAGAAAGCAGGAGGGAUGGGGUUACAGGAAUGAACACAAAGAAAUGUGGGCAGGGGUUGGUGUGCUGGCUGGGAGCAAAAAAAAAAGUGGUGAGUGACCACAGGGGGUACAAGGCAGUGGGUUAUGGUGGCUCCUAUCGUGGGAUGGGGAAAAGGUUUUGAGGGUGUGAGUGAAGAAAAGUGGGACAAAAGAGAAAAGUGAGAUUAGGAAUAGCUGGAAAUGUGUGCACGUUCACCAGUAUGGUGUAGCUUUGCAAGGAAAGCAGGAUGGAGAGAGUGCUGCUGUGAGCUGGCUGCAUUACUGCAGCACGGAGAGCGGGCAACGCAAUGGGAGAGCCAUGAGGGGAUGCUGGGGGCCCCUCUAGGUGCAGCCCAGGCAGGAGAACCUUCUGGAAGUCAGUGCGGGACCUGCGCUGCCUCAGGUGCCACUGAGUGCCUACACAGCAUGUGGCACCCAUUCCUGCCCCCUCUCUGUGUCGCUGCUGUGCUCCUGUGCCUCCAGCAGGCCGGGGAUGGCUGUGCCAACAGCUCUGGGCCAGGAGGACCGGCUCCCACCACACAUCCAGGGCUGCCCCUGGCCGAGGCCAACAUGGCGGACAGCCCCACUGCUGGCCAUGCCUCAGCACACAGCCCUCAGUGCCACAGGGCUGAGGCCUCUCCUUGUGCUGGGCAAGGUGGGUGCACGGCCAGCACGGACUCUCAGGGCUGCAUGGACGUGGCACGAGGUGAUGAGAAGGGUGAGGGAGGGCCUGUGGUGCCCUUCAUUGUGGAGGUGGGUGCUUGGUUUUGGAGGAAGGACGGGCAGACUGAGCAAAGGGCUGCUGUGCUGCAGGCUGAGUGCUGCUCCUGGAGCCACGCUGUGGGCAGCCCCAGCUACUGUACCUCCAGGUGCCUCACGUGUUCUCUAGACCUGCUUUACUACAGCCUGAUCCUGCCCGCCUGCAAGGCCACCAUCUUCCUGGUCGCCAUCUUAGCAGGCACCCGUCUGCUUGCAGGAUGCAUGGAGUGGUACAGGAGCUGGAUGCGAAGCAAAGAGCAGAGCGAGGAAGGGCAGCUGGCGUUCCCCCCCAUCAGGUUAUGGGGGGCUGCCGAACACCCCCAGUGCGCCAUCUGCCUGCGGGCCUACAAGCCCCACCAGGCACUGAAGUUGCUCUCCUGCUCCCACGCAUACCACAGCAAGUGCAUCGACCUGUGGCACUGCACCCAGCAUGGGAGUAAGACCUGCCCGCUCUGCCGGUGCAGAGUGACUGCUGUAGCACUGUUCCCCCUACAAGCACACAACAGUGAGCAGAAUUAGCCCAAGAAGGCUUGCCCAGCCCCCAUCCUAGAGCACCAAGCUCUCCAUACACCCUCCUAUUAGCUCUGUUUCCCAGCCUCCCCACGACUCAAGCUCCAGCCAGUGCUUCUCAGGAAACAUGAGCCCAGUUCUGGAUUAAAAACAUUUGGAAAUGGAGGAGUAAGGGAAUAGAGACUGAAAGGACAAGUGAAAUAUUGAGUACGUAUCCUUGGCUCUGCCCAUUUUGGAUCCAGAAGAUUUGUGAGGUCCACAGCCGCAGAACUGCCGCAGCAGCACGUGCCAGAGCCCCAGACUGUUCCUCUUGAGGUUCCUUUUUCCCCUCUGCUUCUCAGGCUCUCCCUCCAAAGCUUGCACAGACAGGUUUAUUCCAACAUAGGGCCCAAUUACUGCAGUUAUCAUGUAACUUUAAAGCAGAAAGUCUAGGUUGAUGAAACAAGUGUUCCCUUCUUUUUGUUUGUUUGUUUGCGCAUAGUUCAAAAAGAACAAAAAGCUGCUAAAUGGAGAGGAUGUUUUUGCUUUAUAUCCAAGAUUUUCAGGGCAUUUCGCCAAAAGUACAGAAGGUAAGACAUUACUGCCAGCACCGGUAUCUAAUGGAGAUGUUUCCCUCCAUUGCAAAGCAAACAGCUGGAACUGGAAUCUAUUUCCAGAACUUGGGUACAAGUUACAAUGGCCUAGAUUUGCUCAACUGCCCUUUUUAAUUGUGUGCAUUAGCCGAUUAUGGGUACUCUUGUAGCAGGUCCACAAAUCACUGCUUUAUAAUCUUCUGUUCACAUUAGGGCCCAGAUUAUCAUGCUUGUACUAGGUAAUAACACAGGGGAGAUUGCCCAGACUCCUGGGAAAUCCAGGAGAGACACCUGGUAGAGCACGGGUUCACGUGGUGGCCAGACACGUGCAGGGAAUGCUGCACACCAGUGAGGCCUGCAAUGCUCCACACACCUGCUUUCCAUUCCUCUCCCAUCUCAUUCCCCACACAGCGAGGCACAAAACUUCUACACACACACUACUCCAUUUCUCAUCUACCUAACAACAGUUCGGAUGGUUACUCUGGCAGCUUCAGCUACCCCUACUGUAAAGACGUGGGUCAUUCUUUCCUUUGAUCCUAGAUGAAAGGAGGUGGUUACAUGCACCAGUUUCUAAAUCAGCUCCUAGCAAAAAAUAAAAUAGAAUCUUUCAUAACAGGACGCAGGUCUGCCUUCCAGCCAGCUCAAUGCAGUGAUGGGGACUUGCUCAGUCAGCAGGAGGGAGGGAGCGUGUCCCACAUUUCCUUCUGUCAGGAACAACUGGGAGCACUGGUAGCACAAAGGUUUUCACUGGAAGGUCACUAGAUGGCCCCAGAUCUUCCUUCACAGCAAAUCACUGGUAUUUUACUUUGAGAGCCUGGUCCUCUCUAAUCCUACAGCAUGACCCCAAAGAAGCAGCAUGCCCUGAUAAGCAGGGCUCUGAGCUAGAACCAGAGAUACUUGCCAAGAUAUCUUAAGCAAAGCAUUAAACUCCACCACAGCUUUUUCUGCUGCUGGCCUUUGGCUGGUCAGGGCAGGGAGAGUCUGCUGCUGUUUGUUGGUAUAAUGCUACUGCCUGUGGACCUCUGACGCCAGCCUAACACAGAUAAAGGACAAGGAGUCUGACUGUGUACAAAUUCACAUUAUAACACUGCCAGGCUGCUCUUCUCAUGCUGCAAAAACCCCAGAGGAUAAAGAUCAUUUAGACUUAUUCCCCAAGUUAAACCAAUGCCAGUCCAGGUGCCUGUUACACAUGUUUUUUUAGGCGUUGCAAUUAAGUCCGUCCACAUCAGUCAUCCUCUUUGGCAUCUCUGCUACAGUAUAAGGAUAUCUGGGCAGGACUGGGGGUAGAUUCUGCCAGCAGCUACGUGGGGUCUAAAUCAACACCAAAGUCCUCUAUAGUCAGAAGGACUUCUUUUUGUUUUUCUGUGGAAAGAGCUGGGCUUCUCAUCCCAGUUCCUAAACAAAGUGAAAGCAACAAAGAAGGUAUCCAAAGGAAUCUAGAGGGACUUUGGGAGCGGUGGGGUGAACAAUGAGUUAAUAGAGGUAAAUGGGCCUUUCCUUUCUUCUAGCUUGAAUCUUUGUUCAAGUGGUAAAACGGGACCCUGCUCCCUGUAAUUGCUCUGCUCUUGCACACAACUGCUGUCUCCCAUGUGUGGCUUGUUGACAUUUAAAUAAAUUGCAAUUAUUCCGACAAAGUAGGUUGCUGGAACUCCAGAGAAAAUGGGUCAAGAAUAUGUCCAGGAGCAUCUGCAAUGUAUUCAACAGAUGAAUGUAAUAGGGGCAGGACAGGAUGUGAAGAGUUCAGUGCUGGCUGUAAUAAAUGUGAUUGGAGAGGACUUCAAGACAGCCUGGCACAGCCCCAUGCAGGGGUGGGAAGUGCAGCUCAGUCAGCAAAAGCCAAAGCCUUCAGGGCCCUGAUGAUGGAGGCAGGCAACACUGGUGCAAAUGGGCAGCAUGGAGGGAACCACCACCUUGGCCCCUUAGCUGAUGACCACCUUGACAGCAGCUCUUCUAUGGCCUUCCUCUCCUUCCUUCUGCAAAAGCACUUUGGAAUGUUGUUUUUUAUCUCCUCUGUGGGUAGAAUAUGGGCAUCCUGCUCUCCAGCCAGACUUCAGCUUAUUUCCUUUCAUUGCUCAUUCUCCUUUUCCACACUCUCAAGCCUCUUCAGGAGGAUCUGUCCUUUUACCCACAUGUCCCUUUGGGGUACUGCUAUGAACUGCUGAGAAACCAACACUUGUUUUUCAGGGGUUUGCUGAGGGCCGCAGCUCAUGCCUGGCUGGCUCUAGGAGAUACAGCAUCUAGAGAUGGUGGUGGAGCCUCCAGAAGAGCACAGUACACAGCCAGAGCUGGAGAAUGUACAGUGUAUUGUCUGCAUGGAAUGCAAAGGGGAUCCUUCCCUGGUCCCACAUGUGACCAUGAGCACCAACACAAGUCUCCUUUUCUAGACCUAGCAAAAGACAAAGCCAAAAAUGGACCUUCGAAAGAUUUCCUAACGUACCUCUGUUUUCUUCUUCAUCUUACUGUCCUGGGAAGCACUUGGCUUCACCCACCUCCCCAAACCUUUACUUUGUUUUGUUUUAAAAUGCAACAAAAUGUCUUCCUGUGAGUGUAAAACUCUUUGGAUGAGAGGAAAAUAAAAUCGAUUUAAAAUCACAGCUGCUGGGAGUCUCUGGCACACACACACACUGUCUGCUGACAUUUUCUGUAGCUCUUUUCCCAGUGAAAUCUGUCUCAAGCAGAGCCCAAGGGGGCAGGUAACAAAUCAGUUGCCUAGUACUGGAGUGAUUUUUUAACUACAGGUCCAACACAACUGCACCGGGAACCACAGGGCUGCUCCCAAGUGGAUCGUUAAACAAAAAGGGUUGUUUGUUAAAAGGUACAGGUUUUUAGGGAUUUGUGAUUCAGAACUGACCUGGGUUCACUGCAUAUUCAGACCUAGUUUUCUUCGACAACCAGGAGAGCUAUUGCCUGGUGCUCCUCUGGGCACAGUGCAGUUGCUGUUUGAAGUGGGAAUUGCCUAAAAGAUGAGAGCUUUGCAGGAGGAACAUACUCGUUCCUCAUGCCUUCCAUUCCUUUCUCUGCUUUUUCACCAUAACCAGAAUUUUAUGGCUGGAAGCUCUGGCCAUUUCAGUCCAGCUCAGACCAAUCUGACCACUUGCACUUCAGGAGCAGACUGAGGCCAAGUCUAACAGCUCACUUCACUGCCUGAUGGGUUUCCCAGGGACUGCUUUGGCCACCAGCACGAAGCACUCUUUUCCAUCUGCAGUGGGCACGUUGCUGGUGGGAAGUCCCAUUGAUCAACAAAAAGAGAAACCAGCCUCAUAUCAGUACCCAGAGGGAGAUGAAGAAGAUGCAUGAUUGAAGCAGACCAAAAAAAUAAGGGUGAACAGUGGUUUCAGGGGGGUGCCAGCAAUGUUACAUGACCCUGCCUGAGCAAAAAGUCCCCAGGUGAUGUCACAGACCUACAGUGAUGAUGUGAAGGUGUUGCUUAGCAGCUGGAGACAACAGAAUAGGGACAAACUGUGACCUGGAAACCUCCAAACCUAAGGAAAACCAACAGAAACCUCCAGGACACAAACCGAUCUCCAUCCUAGUGUGGCCCUGAGUCAUGGCACAGCAGUAGCACCCAGGGAAACCAGGACAGCUUCAGGUGGGAGAGGAGAGAAAACAGCACUUCCAGCAUUCCUUUAGCAAUGGAGAAGUUUCAAAUCAAUUUCUCCUGGAAUGAAACAUGACAGCAUUUCCAAGGACUUGAUGGAAACAAGUCUUUCUGCAAGUCGUCCAACUGAGCUGCUUCAAUUCAUUUGUGGAACAAAUGGGGAAAAAUGGUUUUUAAGUCAGUUCAUAAGUCCCUUUUUGUGCAAGGUAUGCAGCUUCCUGGGAGCCUCACAUCACUGCCAGGGCUGGAUGAGGCCCCAGAGGUGGCUGGGGAAGCAAAGGCAGCUGUGUCCAUCCAGGAAGGAAAUGCUCCUUCACAGGGCGAUUAGUGCAGGAAGUUCAUUUAAGUGCUUUGAAUUGUCUUCUGGAAGUAACUCCCCUGUCAGAAGUUCUUAAAGAGAUGGAAAUAACUUUGCUGAGCUGCACAACUGCCUUCAUCCACUGCCAAGCACCUGAAGCUGACCUGGAUGCUCUCCUGGGCCUACUGACCCUGCUGAGAUCAGUGACCUCAGGUCCACAAAAGGAAGGAGUAAAAGCAAAGAUGUCAGCAGCACUCCCAUCUCAGCACGCUCACUACUCUCGCUGAAGAAGCACAGAUGCUACAAACAGGAAGGGAGCAGGCUGAAGAGCCUCUGUUUGCAGCCCUCUGGAGCCACAAAAGGGCUGAACCAGGCUGCUGUGUCCCCGAGCACCCAUCCCAGGGCUGAAGAAGGAAAGGUUGAAUGAAAGCCCUGAGCCAGGUGUUUCUGGAUGAUCUCACAAAGCCGCGGUGCCAUCCAGCUGCAGCAUGCUGGGCUGCAGGGAAUCUCGAGGGGGAAUUCUCUGGGAUGGAUUAUUCAUGAGCAGAGAUGAGAUGAUCGUAGUGCCCUUAAUAUCUGUGAAUAUUUUCCAUCUUCAAAGCGGCACAUGCUCUAGAUGGGUUGAAUUUUACUGAAAUGGGUCAGUAGAAAAAUAGAUCCUUCUCACAAUGCAAUGCUGCAUUGCCUUCAUUUAAAAAAGGAGAGA